AUGGCGUCUCAGACGUCGGACGGUAUGGCGACCGGACCUAAGCGACACAUGACUCGCCAUGGAGACAUUCUGUGUGUGUACUUACAACGCGAGAACAGCGUCUACAGACACUGCCUAAAUGUCCUUCUCGAAAACGAAGGAAUGCCAAUUGCCAUAAAGAAUUCAGCUGCCUGGACCACAUCCAGACCGUGUCAAGUUUCAAUGAGGUACCGGGAAUACCUCCUGCCUCUUGUUCUAACCUUCAUUGACUAUGAGAAAACCUUCGACAGCAUAGAAACGAAUGCAAUGCUAAAAGCGCUGACCGAUGAAGGUGUGAACAAAUCGCGACUUCACGAGAUAAGCGGUGUUCCCAAAGAAAGCCGGCAGAUGCAGAAGAUCGAGCAACAACUCCUACGUAUGGCAUUGAAGGCAAAACAGGAUCACAUGUUCUCUUUGCUUAAGAAGUGUGUGUAUAAAGAACAUUGUUGUGAACGUUUUGUGCCGGAACGCAUUUGGAGGAGAAUAGUGGGUGAGUCAAAGUCCAUUUGUGAUUAUAUUCGCUCUAGUGCUAAAUCUAGACUGCAGGAAAAGUUCAGACGAUUAGUAGACCAUCAGCAACAUCAGAAGGUUAGUAAAUCUGUUAAAUCUACCUCUGUAUGUGCAGAUCACAACAGCACCAUUGCUAAUAAGAACAGUGCACAAAGUUCAUUUCGUGUUUCUGUGAUUGGCGAUGUACUCAUCUCAGCUGACGCGCUUUCCGUUUUGGAUCUCGGCCCUAGUUUCGCGCCUGUGCAAUCAAUAAGUCCGGAGGUAUCACGCAAGGUUGUGGGCAGCCUCCAAUUGGUUCAUGAUAGGUUGCGACUGAGAGCAAAAGAAGAAGAGCGAAGGCAAGAGAACAGAAUAGCUGAGCAAGUAUCCUUACCCUCCAUACCUUUCCCGCGUAUGAUGUAUAAACCACCUGAACCCAACCCCACGGUAGACAACAAGUUUCGAGUGUUCGCAACAUCCGUGUAUUCCGUUUUGGAGCGUUUCUCGAGAAAACACGUAAAUUUCAAUCUCACUGUCGCGCAACGUCGAGGCCAACGUGAGAUUCGCAAUCUUAUUACAGCUGGAGAGAUCAAGGUUUCCGUUAGUGAUAAGGGAGGCGAAUUUGUUGUUCUAUCACGUGAACUAGACAAGGCGAUAACGAGACAACAUCUUGAGGAUGACAGUCUAUAUGUCCCAUCCUCCGCCAAUGAGUUUAGAAAGCAAUAUCGCCGCCUAAACAGGGUUUGGGUAGAAACGGCUGGAACAGCAGGGCUCCCAAAAAACUUUAUUACGCGUCUCAAGAACGACUUACCCGCAUGUCCAGUCCUAUACACGCUAAUCAAAACUCACAAGCUCUCUGAAAAUGGCCUCACUUCGAACGAUCCACGUGACUUUAAAGUGAGGCCUAUCAUUAGUUGUAUCGGGGGCCCCACGGAUAGAAUUUCCUGGCUGCUCAACAUAAUCCUAAAUCAGCUGCUCAGAUAUGUCCCUGCCCACCUCAGCAGUUCUAGCAACUUCCUAAAACAUCUCCGCAGUACCUCAUUUGAGCGUGAAUGUGUAGUAGAGACCUUUGACGUUACGUCACUCUAUACGAACGUUUCAAACGAUGUAGCAAUGCAGGCUGUUCACGAACUGCUCACGCAUCGCCAGGCUUCUUUGAACAUGUAUGGAUUCAGCAUCAGGCAGAUCAUGACAUUGAUAAACGAAUGCCUGAAUUGCUCUAUUUUCCGAUGGUCGGGACAGUACUACCGACAACUUAGAGGCCUAGCUAUGGGACAAAGGCUGGCACCCACUCUCGCCACUGUUUUCAUGACCAAGAUCGAAAAGCCUAUAAUAGACCGCAAACCACUGCUGUAUUAUCGUUACAUAGAUGAUUGCUGCGUCGUCUGCUCAACCCAAGCAGAACUAGACGCGUGCUUCAAUAUUCUCAAUCAGCAGUGUCCGCACAUUAAGUUCGCAAGGGAGAGACCGAUAGACAACUGGUUGGCUUUCCUGAAUGUGCACAUUUACUUGCGGAAUGGGAUAUCGCAUCCCAGCAAAAUGAAAAAAUCUGUUAUAGCACAAGGAAAUCAGUUAAAACUACGUUUCAACAUGCCGAGAUUCAAAGACAGUCGAACAUGGGCAAUAAGUGAAUUUCGUCUACCUAAUGAUAUGAUGACCGACUUGACCGCAUGA